AUGUGCUUCAAAGGCCCCCUUACCCGUCAUUGCGUCCAACGCCGCACUCUUAUCCGCGAAGACCCGAAGUACCAGUCCUACUGCUACAGCAUGGUCCUCACUUGCCAGUGCGACCGACAAGUCACCCGAGAACCAUUCGAGUGGACGAAAGUUUUCAAGGACGUAUGUGUCCAGUGCAAGGCUGGCAGAGAUGGAGAUUCGCAACUUGUGAAAGUCAAUAUUCGGCCGGUAGUCAGAUCCCAGGACGAUGUUGGCAAUCCGUCCAUUCAGAGGAAGAGUCUGAACCCUCUCAGACCUCCCAUGACCGAACGACAGCCGGAUCGUUACAAUUCGACUGAGCAUAUGGGAAGGUUAUCUCCAGAUCGAGCUCUCGUCCAAUUCUUUGCGUGGGAUUCUGGCUUGAUCUUCGCUGUCAUAGCCAUUGCGUUGUUGCUUUCAAUUGGCUCUGCAUCCGAAUUGGCUAGCUGGCAUGAAUGA